GGAGAAAAAAAAAAAAAAGGGAUGAUCUUUGUUUCGGAAUCUCUCUCUCCUGUGAAAUAGAGAGAUUCAGUUGGAACGUAAUCUGAAACUCCAUGGAAGCGUAUAAGGAAUGGGUAUGGAGAAACAGAGAGUAUGUGCAUUCCUUAGGAUCUCUUGCCAACGGAUUGACAUGGCUGCUUCCUGAGAAGUUUACUACUUCAGAGAUUGGACCCGAAGCAGUUACGGCUUUCUUGGGCAUAUUCACAACCAUCAAUGAACACAUCAUUGAAACUGUUCCAACCACCCGUGCUCAUACUGGACCAUCCGGGACUGAUUCUUCAUCAUCCCUUUCUUAUCCCCUACUCAUCUCCAUCCUUAAGGACUUGGAAACCGUUGUGGAAGUGGCUGCUGAACACUUCUACGGAGCAGACAGGAAAUGGAACUUCAUUAUUGCAACUGAAGCUUUCAAGGCUCUCGUUAGGUUAGCUUUGUUUCGUAAUACCGGAUAUAAGAUGCUUCUUCAUGGAGGGGAAACACCUAAUAAUGAUGACGACGACAAACUUCCUAACCAAUCAGAACUACAAAACAGAGCUGGUCAUUUAGAUAGGAACCGUUUUUCCGGAAACCAAAAUCUUUAUAAUCCAUGGAACAUGGAAGGACGGGCAAUGUCAGCUUUGAGUUCAUUUGGUCAGAACGCAAGAACAACAUCUCCUACCUCUGGUUGGUCUCCAAGGAUUCAACACAGCAACCAGCAAGGGGUUAUAGAGCCUCCUGCAGUGAUCAAGGAGAAGCGAAAAACUCUCUCCGAGCUACUAUCUGAGAAGGGUGUUAAAGGAGCCUUGUUUGUCAUGGGUGAGGUUCUUUUCAUUACCAGACCGCUCAUCUACGUUCUCUUCAUCAGAAGAUAUGGAGUCCGGUCUUGGAUUCCUUGGGCUAUAUCCCUUUCUGUGGACAUACUGGGAAUGGGGAUUCUUUCUAAUCUUAAGUUGUGGGGAGAGAAGAGCAAGCAAAUCCAUUUCUCUCAACCUGAAAAGGAUGAGCUUAGGAGAAGGAAGCUGCUAUGGGCAUUGUACCUCAUGAGAGAUCCAUUCUUCACCAAGUACACUAGGCAGAAGCUGGAAAGCUCUCAGAAGAAGGUUGAACCAGUUCCAUUGAUCGGCUUCUUCACAGAGAAAGUUGUGGAUCUUUUGGUGGGAGCUCAGUCACGUUACACUUACAUAUCGGGAUCUUGAGUUAAAACACUUGUGCAACAGAGAACAGUAUCGUCAUUGUGGGAGUGCCUUGUUCAAUCUUCAAAGGUUCGUGGAGAGAUUCGUAGGGAACGUUACAGGCUUUUGUAAGAAGUUGCGUUUGAUAUUGCAGUUAGGACAUACAAAUCACACAAAGAUUGUAGUUUUGAUGAUGAGCUGUUUGAUGUCUAAACAAUGGACCCGAUACAAAGAAAUGAAACAAAGCAUCUACGUUGUCA